GUCACUUGACACUUGUCGAGUGGCGAUAGAACGUUCUAGUCACUCGUCUUUCCAGUUUUACUAAUGCUUUUAUUGUUGAGCACUAUUUUUACUUGUUUACACAAUUACACGAAAGGUAUUAUUAUAGUGCGACUGUGCGAGUAACAAGUUCUAGUGACAAGUACCAAAGUAAAAGUACUACGCACACCGUGUAAACCACGCAUUAGGUUCAUCAUAAAGCGUUUGUUUUUCGAAUUUCGAAUUCCGUUCUUGUUAAUUGUUAUACGUUACUGCACGAGUCGAAUGAGAAAUUUACCUACUGCUUGGAAUUGGAUGAAUAAGAACUGGAAUAAUUAUGAGUCUUCAAGUUCUUCAUCAACAGAUAGUUCAAGAUAUUCCAGAAAAAAUCAUUCAAGCAGAUCUGGAUCAAGGCACCAUAAGAAAUCAACGCGUAGACACAGAUCCAGUUCAUCAGAAUAUUCAUCGUCAAGACACAAACAUUCUAGUCGUGCUUACCGCAGAGAUGAAAGUCGUUCGAAAAGAAAAUAUCAUAGAAAAAGUUCAUCUACUAGUUAUGAUUCAAAUAACUCCAAUUCUUCCAUUAAAAAUCACCAAUCUAAAAGUUCCAAAGCAUUCAAUGAUAACGAAAGAAAUAAAGGGGUACAACCUAAUUCAUUGUCUACCUUCGAAGAUGAUUCAUUGGUUGUAAAAUCUGAAACUGUUAACAAAAAAGAUCAUGAUGCAAACUGGCUUCAAAACAAUGUUUUGGAUAUUGUGAAAAGAGAAAAUUCAAUUGAACAGAUCAAUCAAGAAGGAUUUGUGUUUAAAGUCUUCAAUUCAUCGUCUGAACCAAAAUAUGAGGAAACUACAGACCUAACCAAAUAUGAUGUUCCAAAUAUAAAUGAAGAAGCCAUUGAUAAUUUGCCUACAGAAGAAUCAACGUUUUUCAUAUGCAAUAAAGAUAGAUUAUUGAAUGCAAGGUACAAAUUACUUACAAAGCAAGAGCGGUGCAUAAGCUGGGCAAAACAAUUAUUUGCAACAUAUAAUCAGUCUGAGCAUAACGGUAGACAAUUUGGAGACUAAUGCUACUGGAAGUAAUUUGUUCAAUAUUACACUUUUACACGCACAUUAUAUCAUUUCAAAUCAAAUAUCACAAGAAUUUGAUCUGUAAUUUUACUAUUAAGCUAUUUUAUUAAUGUUAAUUUUUUUUUUACUUAAAAGAUCCAAAGACAUUGUAUUGAGAAAUUAUAUUUUUGCAAGGAUUUAAAUAUGUUUAAGAAAAAUUAUAUGAACAUUCAAUUUGACAUUGUCCAUACUUUAUAAACUCAUUAUAACAUUGUUCCAUCAGUGUCAGUGAGCAUAAAUAAAUGAAAUUGUGAAUAAAUUUAAUCAACUAUAAACAGGGAAUUAAAAAUCGACUUCUUUUGAGGUAACAGAUAAGAUUUUAUAUAACAAUGAAAUGGAUUAAGCGAUAAUUUUACUGUAAUUAAAAUUGGUUUUAAUAUAAAAUAAUUUAAGCUGUUAUGGAUUGCAUUUAACAUGUUUAAAUAAACUAUCAAUAUUUUUUUUCACGUAAAACAUUGUUUCAAUAUGACAAAUUCAGCGUGUUAACAAUUACAUUAACAACUUUCUGUUUGUAAAUAGUUCAUGAUGGUAGUAUAUUUGCAUAAUAUACAGGGUGUAUCUUAUGCAGUUGUACACGUGGAUUUUAAUAAUUUUGAAUCAAUAAUAUAGAAUUAUAAUAAUAAAACAAAAAAAAAAUGUUAAUUUAUUUUUUUUUAUAUAUUUUUUUAGCACUCAGUUGUUCCAACAGCAAAUCAAUAGUAUUUUGUAAAGGAUUCUAGUAGUGAUUUUUACUUACUAACUCUGUCAAAUCAUCAACUUUUGUUCACUACUCUGUCUCAGUUGAGGUCUCUAAUGUUAAGUAAAUUCAUUAAUAGUUUUAAUUUAAAUAAUUGUAAUAAAUUUAGUUUACUAGAGCUAAGUAUUUUUUUUUUUUGCCAUCAUUUAUUAAAACUAAAUAGAAAAUGUAAUACUAAUAACACAAUCUUUUUGUUCAAUUUUGUGAUAAAUGCCUACAACAUAAUUGGCAAACAUAGCUUAUUAUUUUUAAAUUUAAUAUACCAUAAAAAAAAUUACAAGUUAUUUACUAGGCAUUGUCAAUUCAUAAUAAAUUGAUUUUUAGAUUUAUAACUUUGAUUAUUUAAAAGAUCUUAAAUUUAAAUACUUAAUAAGCCAUCAAGUGCAUGAUAUCAGUGAUGUACUAACUGGGGUUGGGUAUCCAAUAUUUUUUAUUAGUAGCAAUUUUUUUUUAAAAACUUUUUUGGUCGAUUAUUUUAUUUUAUUUGUUUAUUGUUUUUUUUUUUAAAUAAACAAAAAUAAUAUUUAAAACAUUAA